AUGCGAAUCUUCUCAAUUAUUGUUCUUGCAUCUCUUGCCAUCGAUUCUUAUUCGACAAAAUCUGACACCAAUUAUCUCUAUGAGUAAGUUUGAUGAUAGUGAACUAAUUUGUAGCAUGUUUAUCAAUUGAUCAAUUCAGGGAGCCGAACAGUUGGUGUGUUUAUCUCCCAAAUGGCCGUUUGUAUUAUAAUCUAGAAUACAAUUGCAAGAGAAGCAAAAAAAUUGUCAAUCCAUUAAAAACGCCAGAAACAAGUAAAAUACACAUCUAUGCUGCUGAAAACUAUGAACUUUCCGCUGCUGAUAUUGAUACCGUUUGUAUUGAUGCUUCUACCUACUAUGAUAACUAUAACCACAUACAAGAAUCUGAAACAUACGAUUUUUUGAUGUCUGAUGAAUUGCAUGAAAUUUGCAACAAUAAAGAGUAUGAGAACCUCAUUGAGAGUCUUGUUAAUUAUGCAGUAAUGUACAGAAAAGUUAAAGAUACUAUUAUUCCAAAGUAAGUUCACCAACAAAAUAAAAUUCAUUUUCAAAAUGUGUGUAUAUUUCAGAGGGGAAUUCUCGCACAGCAGGGAAAAACAAAUGAUUCGAGAAAUUCUCAAAUCAAAUCCUGAAAUCGCUUCAAAUGUCAAUAGUGAUUCAAUGAAUAUGCAUAACUAUGAAGAUUUGUUAGGUUGCUGUUAG